AUGAGCGUUAUACGAAAGCGCUACCUGAACAAUGAGUGCUUCGCUGAAGAAUCUUUAAGGGUAAAAGAGACCCUAGGGAGAGUACAACAAGGUCACGAGGAGUACACUUCUGAGACAUGUGAGCACUGCGGACAAAUCAAUGGCAAACUGGGUGGUUCUAAGACUUUUCGGUGCAAUUCGUGCGAAGAUGGAGAUGGAUCGAGACGCGAACGGGGCGAGGAACAUAAAAAAUCGGUUAAUAAAAUUAAUACAAACUCUCUUACUCAAAUUGUUAUCGGAGGGUCAGGUUUUGGCCUGACUUUGGGACUUGAACUUUUAUGGGAUACGAUAUGA